AUGAAGGAGGCUCGGAAGACAGGAAACGACUGCAAAUUCAAGUACAAGUAUUUUGAAAGGGUGACAGAAGAGGACAGAGCAUGUAUAUUCAAAAAGUUCAAUGAAAUUGGUGAUAAAAUCCUACAAGAUACGUAUCUUUCGGGUUUAAUUUCAGUAUUUCCGGUAUCUAGAGUACGGACAAAGGAUGGCAGCGGUCAUUCAAGGACAGUCAGCAACAAGUAUACUGUGCGCCUUGGUAAACAGUCAAAUAUAGUAUGCAAAAAGGCUUUUUGUGCUUUGCAUGGCAUUUCGACAAAAAGAGUGGAACGCCUAGCGAUGUGCCUAAAACAGGAUGACUGUUUAACAUCUCCGAAAUAA